AUGGUCACCGCCGUUCUGCCUACCGUCACGGGCAGGGUGUUGCGAGAUCAGGCUUGCCGGGCGUCGGUCUCGUCAGAGUUGACUAUUACCCCUGCGCGGUUAAAUGGCCAGCAGAACGGUUACCACACUGAUGGUGGUGCCUCCCGUGCAUCGCCGUCAGCGAGACUGUCGGGUUUUGUUGGAUUGUUUGCUGGUUGUGGUGCUCUCGUUUCCCUCGGUGCUUUCCUGCCUCUUCCGGCCCGAUUUGAGAAGCUUGGACUUUCUCCCGCGGAGGCAAUUCAACGCAGUUAUUACUUGGUUGCUGCUGUUGCGAUUAUCAUCAGCCUGGUUAGCUUCAUCGGUCUUCGUAACCUGCCCGAUGAGGAAGGGAAAGGAUGGCAGGCAUUAUGGAAUUCUCAACAUACGGAUGAUCUUGAUGAGAAUGACGAGACUUUCUACGGACCAGAAAGACUUCCAUACUGGAAACAACUGACCACCGCGGUGCUUUUAGGUUUCCGGAAUCGCAGUAUCGGCCUGGGAUACGUGGGAGGAUUCGUUGCCCGUGCGUCCUCGGUGGGAAUUUCAUUAUUCAUCCCUCUCGCCGUGAACCACUAUUACCGUGCUUCAGGUCUUUGCGACGAAGAUCACGAGCCAAUGCCUAACUCCGGACUUGGGGAUAUCAAGAAGGCGUGCCCGCGCGCUUAUAUCCUGGCUUCCAUUCUCACAGGAGUGUCUCAGCUGAUUGCUCUCAUAGCCGCGCCAGCAUUCGGCUACCUGACCGACAAGUCUCGGCGGUAUAACGUGCCCCUCCUGUUUGCCGCCUUGGUCGGCGUGGUGGGCUAUCUCGCAUUCGGGCUACUACCCAACCCACAAUUCAAGGGCCCCGAUGGCAACGCAGGCGUCUUCAUCGUGAUGGCCCUAUUGGGGAUCAGCCAGAUCGGCGCCAUCGUCUGCAGUCUCGCCGUGCUCAGCAACGGGAUUCUCCAGGUCGGUGUUGACGACGACGCGCUACGCAAAAUCUGCCCCGGACAGCAUGUCGAUCACGAGCGGACGAAUGGUGGAGAAGGCGAGAACCAGUCCCUUCUGGCCCACCCUGUCAACCACCGAGUGCAGCAGCUGUCACACUUGAAGGGCUCCAUUGCCGGGGUGUACUCGCUGUACGGCGGGGCGGGAAUCCUGAUUCUCACCAAAGUAGGUGGAUUACUCUUUGACAUGUUGUCCUCGGGGACACCAUUCUUUAUUAUGGCUUCGUUUAAUGGGAUUUUACUUGUAACGGGGAUUGUUUGUGGGAUUUUGAAUCAUGUCGCACGAUCAAAGGGAGUCGGGUUAGGUUUUCAAGGUUCAUUUAGAGGAUAA